AUGGUCAGUCCAAAAACUGCGCAGCCGGAUAAUAAUCUCGCUGGUUCCAAUGUCAGCAAUGUCAAUCUGAUCAAGCCUUCUAGUACGAAAUUAAAAACCACAGAACCAGAAACUAACGGGCAGACUACCAUUCGAUCACCU